UCUGGCCCUGUGGGUGUGACAAGAGGCAGAAUGACUGAGCUUUGUAGUUCCUGAUCCGGAACCAGUUUUGUGGACACCCGGAAGAAGUAGGUGGCGCGCGAAGCGUGUUCCUCGUUCGGGUGUGGAGAACCGCAAGCGCUUCAGGUGCUCUCCAAGUUCUUGGUUAUGGAGUAUUUGGCUCAUCCUGGUACACUCAGCUUGGCUGCUGGAGUUGUUUGUGGCAUGUGCCUGGGCUGGGGCCUCCGGGGCUACCUUGGGAUGCUUCCCCAGCACUCAACAAGUGAGACAAGGAAAGACACAGAGAUGGGGACCGAAGCAAGCAUCCUGGGGGAAAGUGGGGAGUACAAAAUGAUUCUUGUGGUUCGAACUGACCUAAAGAUGGGAAAAGGCAAGAUCGCUGCCCAGUGUUCUCAUGCUGCUGUUUCUGCCUACAAGCAGAUUCAAAGGAGAAACCCUCAAGUGCUCAAAGAGUGGGAGUACUGUGGCCAGCCCAAAGUGGUGGUCAAAGCCCCGGAUGAAGACACCCUCUUUGAAUUACUGACCCAUGCAAAAACAUUGGGACUGACUGUAAGUUUGAUUCAAGAUGCUGGCCGUACUCAGAUUGAACCAGGCUCUCGAACUGUCCUGGGAAUUGGGCCAGGACCAGUAGAACUAAUCGAUGAAGUUACCGGCCACCUAAAACUUUACUAGAUGAGCUUUUGUGUGAUGCUGAUUCUGUCUGACAAGUAUGAAGCCUGUCAGUAACAAUAAAAGCUUAAUUUUUGCCCCACUUUAAAA